UGAGUGUCCUCUAGAGAUUUUACUUCUGUUGACAUAUCACAUUUUUAAAGACAUGAGUCAGUCUUCAUCCUACUGGAGAGAUGGUGCCUGUGCAUCUCCUGAGAGUCCUGAAGAAGGUGACUUCUCCCCUCAGCAGCUUUAUCACAACCUGAAGAGCCUGGAGGAGCACGAGACAUGUGAAGACCAGAAAGAUCCCAUUGUUAAUAUCAUACCCGACAACUACUUCGGCUGUCUUUUGAACUCUCAAAUCUGUGCUCCGCUAGCGACAAAUGACCUUGGGAAACUAUGUGCUGGCGUGCUUCCAGAAGAACAACUGCUUAAGAAAAUUCGGUCUCACCAGAGUUCAUAGAGGUACGUACGCUGGAUGGAAGAUUCAUUACUUUGGUGAGCACUCAGACCCAGACAGAUUGGGAGUGGGUGGAGCAGAGCCUCUCUUUCAGCUGUCAAGUUCAAAAGGAAAUUGAAGCCCUCCUGUUGUUGCAAGCAGAGGUGGCAAGCACGGACACUGAUUCUUCAGAGGAGUCAGAGGAUGAAAAGAUGCUAAAUAAGGAGUAUGAUACACCCUGUGUGGGUCCACCUCGUCUCAUAGCAUUCAAGCCAGAGCCAAAACAAACUCCUCAUGAUGGAAAGGUUCCAGAGGUUGAAUCUAAACAGGAUGUGCAUCUUGCAAUGUGUGACUAUUGCCAGCAGCUCUGUCAGCCCUUUAUACACAGUGAACUGCUGGGAAAUGAAACAGACUUUGAGAGGCUCUUUUGUUGUGAGCAAGCUAAAAAAAUCAGAGCGCUUAUCCUGGAAGAGAAAGAAAAAUUGGCACAGAAGGAGUCACAUAGAAAGAUUGAUGUGAACCCUCAUGCACCUGUCAUGAGUGAGAAGGAGAGGAAAGCUGCUAAAGAGCAGGCAAGGAAGAGGUUGAGACAUUUGCAACUCCAGAGAAAAAUUAAAAAUGACAACUUGAAGAAAGAAUUAAGCCUCAGAAACAAAACCUCUGUCAGUCCAUCAACAGAGAUAGAUAUUAAAAUUAUUACUGGCCUGUCUGCACUACUUAAACCGACAGCUGGUGAGCCAAAGGAAGUGAUUAAGAAGUUCUACAAAAGUGGCCAAUGCUUUCUCACCAUGUGUCCAGACGGAACGGGUAAUGUUUUUUAUCCUUCUGGGAAAGCAGCCAUUAUAAUAUCCUCUGCAGAAGCUGCUGACUUCACUUACAUAAUCUUGGAGGACAAGGACGUGGCGCCCAGCAUCAAAGGCAUUUUCACAAAUAAAGGCCACUCCACAUGCUACCAUCCCAAUGGAAUGAUAUGGUUGAAUCUGACCCCUGUUGGAGGUCUCUGCCUCAAUGAGACAGGAGCAAAGAGAAGACGCUGGAAUUGGUUGUAUUUUGACCCGCAUAUACGUACCCUUCCCUUCAAGCCUCUAACCUUUGCCCUGGGCCCACAUAUCAGUGUGCGCAUACACUCACAAGAAUGCAUGUACAUCACCUUUGCACAUCGGCAAAACAGCGUGCGCUUUAGUGUGGGUUCAAAGCUUAAGCUCAUUUAUCCAGAGGGCCAUGACAAGCCGGGGCAAGAUGUUCUGGAGAGAUAUGUCCAAAUGAAGAGCUCAGAGAUUUACUCUCUGCUUGGCCAGAUGCAGACCUGCUUGUCCCACCGCUUUGCAACUCUGAGCAACAUUAAGCCACAUUACGGUUCCAUUGCCCAGAUGCAGCGGCUUAGCAGACAAAUUGAAAAGGAGAAGUCACCCGAAAAGAUAAAGGCCCAUGUAAAUUAAAAGAGAAAUACAGAAUUGGCAAAAGCUGAUAUCAUUUAUGGCAGUGUUACAGCUUCCAGCCUUAUGUUUUAAACCUCUUCAGUAUCUGGUGCUUAUAGUCAUUCACGGUUACAUUCAGACUGCAGGGCUUGAGCUUUAUAUAAAAAGAUUUAUGGAAGAUUGGUUCAAUUGGUUUGGCAAUGCAGACAUUUCUGUGAACAUCGGAAAGCAGUUCAUAGUUGCAGUUUAAUGAACUGAAGCAGAAAAUAAAACAAUUUAGGCAAGUGUGUGUGUUUGGGCCAUAUAUACAGUAUUUAAAAAGAUCAACAGGAACAAAUUAGUUUAUACCUUCCAUAAGAUCUGCUGGGAUGGAUUCAGUGCUAAAUUGAUUGCUUUUAUGAAAUCGAAUAGCUACACCACAUAAUUGAAUGAUGAAUGAGACUGAAAAACCUGUGAAAUCCAGUUAAAUACCUCACUUAACAGAGUGACCUAGACCUUCAACAAUUCAGGAGUCCAAGGUAAUAUUUCCAACACCUGACUUGUUAUUGAAGCUAGUUCAUCUUCAUCAUGAGCUGAACUCAAAGAUCUAAGACUUUCACUAUGUACACAAAAGGCCUAUUUCUCUCAAAUAUUGUUCACAAAUCUGUCAAAAUCUGUGUUAGUGAGCACUUCUCC